AAAGAGAUUUUGGACUACAUUUAUAAUACAUUUAGCUCAGAUUAUUUCCUUAUCUCCUUAUUUCCUUAUCAAAGUCGAUUCAAGUGGUAGUUUAAUACUGGCAGCUAUCGUGGAAACUCUUGAAAAACGAAAGAGAAACUCAUAAUCAGUUGUUUCUUCAUACAUUCUUUUAUCUGCAUGGUGAUAUAAACGUCAUAAAGAAUUCACAUAACGGUACGUGCAAUAGUAAACUUCUUUAAGUGAGACAUACCACAAGAUUCACUAACAAGAUGGUAGAAGCAGACCCACCUUUUACAGAUAUAAAACUCGAAGUACCCUGGGGUCAUAUUGCCGCUAAAACUUAUGGUUCCCCCUCAGGAAAACCAGUUUUAUUAGCGCAUGGUCGUGAAGACAACGCAGGAACGUUUACAAGAUUAAUGAAAUAUUUACCAAUGGAUCUAUUUUAUUAUGUAUGUGUAGAUUUACCUGGCCAUGGAUGGUCGUCACACUUCCCAUCUUGGAUGAUUAUAGAUGCAAUAGAUUAUUGUUACACAUUAUAUUUCAUUUUCGAAGCAUUACAAUGGAAAUCAUGUAUUUAUAUAGGACACAGUCUGGGAGCACAAAUAGGUUUAAUAUUUAGUAUUUUUCAACCGAACAGAAUCGAGAAAUUAAUUACUAUAGAUGGAAUUCUUAUUAAUCCUUAUAUCAAACAUGAUGAAAUUGCACAAUACUUUAAGAAAGCAUCUGUACUCUCAAAUAAAAUCAUUCGUAAUGAAAAAGCAGCAACUUAUACUAAAGAAGAAAUAUUACAUAUCUAUAAAACUACGAGGUUCUUGAAUUCUGAAGCUGCUAUGGCGUUAUUUGAACGUGGAGUUACAGAAAUAAAUGGAAGAUAUAAGUUUAAUAGGGAUAUACGAAUAAAAAUUAUCCUUUUUCAUUUUUCUCUACCGAAAUAUGUCAACAAUUUAAAGAUGCUCUCAGUUCCAACAUAUGUCUUUAUUUCAUCUCAUGGAAUAAUUGCUCCCUAUAAAGAAUAUCCAUCUAUAUUGGAAGUAAUGAAGGCUAAAGUCAAGUUAGAAAUAAUUGAAAUAAACGGAAAUCAUGAUGUUCAUAAUAAUAAUCCAGAAAGAAUCGCGCCAUUUAUACAGAAAAUAUUGAGUACUGAGAACUCUAGCAAGCUGUAAAUAUUAUGUGUGUGCGCGCGCGCGCGUGUGUGUAUGUGUAUGUAUGUGUGUGUACACAUAUAU